AUGUUAUCCAAGACUAACCUCGUCUCAAACUCACUACGCCGUCGCUUCCUCCAAAUUCGCAGUGGAAGCAGCAGGACGGCAAUGCUUUCAUGGUAUCCUCAUGAAAGCAACGGGGACGACUUUGAUGGAUUUACCAAAGAGCAGAUUCAAGAGACUAUGUUGAUGAUGCUUCAGAAGCCUGAAACGUCGACAGGGUUUGUCCCGUCGGCCGAAAUGCAUUUGUCCAACACUAGGAGCAUUAUAGCUGAUGACGAAAACAAGAUGGACGACUUUGAUGGAUUCACCAAAGAACAAAUACAAGAGGCAAUGCUUAUGAUGCUUCAGAAGCCCGAAACGUUGACCGGAUUUGUUCCGUCGGCCGAAAUGUUAUCAUCCAACAAUGAUAACGCAAUUCCUGACGAGGAAAGCAACAUCGACUUCGGAUUUACCAAAGAACAAAUCCAAGAGGCUAGUAUGCUGCUAAUGCUACAGAAGCCCGAAACUUCGACCGGAUUUGUUCCGUCGGCCGAAAUGUUAUCAUCCAACAAUGAUAACGCAAUUCCUGACGAGGAAAGCAACAUCGACUUCGGAUUUACCAAAGAACAAAUCCAAGAGGCUAGUAUGCUGCUAAUACUACAGAAGCCCGAAACGUCGACCGGAUUUGUUCCGUCGGCCGAAAUGCUAUCGUGUAACGCUAGUAACGCUACUGGUGACGUUGAUAUCGCGACAGCUAACCAAACCACAUCUGACCUCCUUGCCAUGCUUUCGCUCGCGUCCAGCCCAGAAUCGGCAAUUGGUGUCAACCACUGUUCUGAGUACUUGAAUGCCGAAAUGAAGAAGCAAAUGAGCACUCAAUACGAGAAUUCAUUGCCCAAGACCCUAUCUGAAGCCUUGAGCGAUCCCAGGCCGAUUGUUGUUACUUCGGCGGCUUCACCUUUUGAAGUUGUUGACGUCAAUGAAGCAUGGGUGGGACUCUGUGGAUUUUCCAGAGAAGAAGCCAAGAAUCGAAAUUUGGGACAAUUGCUGAAUGGACCCGAGACAGAUGUAUCGUUGGCACGAGAAAUGGUGGCCAACUUACGCCGCGAACACUACAGUCGUGCGAUCCUUUCCAACUACACUAAGACAGGACGCAGGUUCGAGAAUCGUGUACAAGUCGGAACCCUGUCAUCCGACAACGGUGAGAGUAUUGAAUACUUUGUUGGAUUGCUGGAAGAGAUCCCUCAAGCACAGCAAUCCAUGUAA